AUUUGGGAUCGAACACCUAAAAAAAUUGUAUGACACGUUUACUUGUCUCGUAGAUCAAAGAUUUCCCAAAGUAUUUCAUAUUUGUGCUGUUCUCUAAUAAAUCUCAGAAACCAUGAGUACUUUAGCAGAGAUGCCGUGUUACACGCUGAUUAACGUGCCCAGUGAUCUUGAACCCUGGUCAGAGCAGAAACUCAAAGACGAUUUAGAAAAAGGUGAUGUGAAGGUGAAAACUGAAGCUCUCAAGAGAGUGAUUUAUCAGAUUCUGAAUGGUGAUAAAAUGCCAGGGCUUCUUAUGGUCAUUAUACGAUUUGUACUGCCAUCUCAUAAUCACAUGAUUAAGAAAUUGUUGUUGAUUUUCUGGGAGAUUGUCCCAAAACUUGGUCCAGAUGGCAAACUGCUACAAGAGAUGAUCUUAGUCUGUGACGCUUAUCGGAAGGAUCUUCAACAUCCUAAUGAAUUUAUCCGAGGAUCAACACUGCGGUUUCUUUGCAAACUGAAGCAAGCAGAGUUGCUGGAACCUUUGAUGCCAACAAUACGAUCUUGUCUGGAACAUCGCCACUGCUAUGUGAGGCGAAAUGCUGUGAUGGCCAUUUACACAAUAUACAAAAAUUUCAAUUUCUUGAUUCCUGAUGCCCCAGAGUUGGUGCACACCUUCCUUGAGCAAGAACAGGAUGCUUCUUGCAAGAGAAAUGCCUUUAUGAUGCUUAUUCAUGUUGAUCAGGACCGUGCAUUAGACUACUUGAGCACAUGUAUCGAUCAAGUCAAUAGUUUUGGUGACAUAUUACAGCUGGUUAUCGUCGAGUUGAUCUACAAGGUGUGUCGUGCCAAUCCUAAUGAACGUGCGAGGUUCAUCAGAUGUAUUUACAAUCUCCUAAAUUCGUCAUCACCUGCAGUACGCUACGAAGCCGCCGGUACAUUGGUCACUCUAUCUUCUGCACCCACUGCCAUCAAGGCUGCAGCGACCUGUUAUAUUGAACUGAUUGUGAAAGAAAGUGACAACAAUGUGAAGCUGAUUGUUCUUGAUCGACUCAUUGCCUUACAACAGAAUCCAUCUCAUGAGAAAAUUAUACAGGAAUUAGUUAUGGAUAUUCUACGAGUGCUUGCGUCGCCUGACCUCGAGGUUCGUAAGAAGACCCUCGACCUAGUCCUUGAAGUCGUCAACACGAGAAACAUCAGUGAGGUUGUCAUGAUUCUGAAAAAAGAAAUCACGAAAACUCACACCGAGGAAAGCACGACGGAAGAUUCCGGAAAUUACCGGCAGGUCCUGGUCCGCACUCUGCAUGCGUGCAGCGUAAAAUUCCCGGACGUCGCAGAGUCCGUGGUCCCCGUUUUGAUGGAAUUCUUGGGCGAUUCAAACGAGCAGGCUGCCUUGGAUGUGCUGGUCUUCGUUCGUGAAGCUGUACAGCGUUUCCCGAACCUUAAGCCUGUCAUCGUCGAGAAACUAUUGGAGACAUUUUCUCAAAUCAAGAGUGUGAAAAUCCAUCGCCAUGCGUUGUGGAUAUUGGGAGAAUAUUGCGAGAAUGAAAGCGAUUUGACCAGCGUCAUGGAUGUUAUUAAGACCUCCCUUGGCGAGGUGCCAAUCGUUGACGAUGAGCUCAGGAAGGCUGCCGGCGUCGAACAAACUGAAGAAAACCAGGAGCAAGGAACGACAACAACAAAAACGAGAGUGACCGCGGAUGGUACUUAUGCCACCGAGAGUGUAUUUGUCAGUGCUCCUGGUUCACGGGAGGAAGUCAGGCCUCCUUUACGUCAAUAUCUUUUGGAUGGCGAGUUCUUCGUCGGUGCAGCCUUGGCCGGUACCUUGACCAAAGUUGCCCUGCGGUACAUCGGACUUGUUGCAGAUAAAAAGAAACAAAACAUAUUCUGUGCCCAAUCCAUGUUGGUCAUGGCCAGCAUUCUUCAUCUUGGAAAGUCUGGACUGUCUAAGAAGUCUAUAACGGACGACGAUGUCGACAGAAUUUCGUUGUGUCUACGAGUGUUGGCAAACCGCACGGGUUUAAUGAAAGACAUUUUCACCGUGGAAUGUCGACGUUCCCUGUCAAACAUGCUCGAGUCGAACAAACAAGACACGGAAGUCAGCAGUAAAGCAGCCGAGAGGAAACCCAUCAGUGUCCAAGCUGAUGACCCAAUUGCGUUUAUGCAGCUACUUGCAACGGCUGAAAAUGAAAUUCUUGAGGAUCGCUACGAUCAAACGCUAUCUCAAGCUGUUGGUCUUGACAAACAAGAGGAGGAUGCGAAGAAUUCGAAAUUGAAUAAGGUGACGCAGCUAACCGGUUUCUCAGAUCCAGUAUUUGCCGAGGCGUACGUUAAUGUCAAUCAGUACGACAUCGUCCUUGAUGUGUUGGUUGUCAAUCAAACAUCUGACACUUUACAGAAUGUUGUAUUAGAGCUUGCGACUCUCGGUGAUUUAAAGCUGGUAGAGAAACCAACUCCUAUCUUAUUAGGCCCACACGACUUCUCCAACAUAAAGGCAAGUGUCAAGGUGGCAUCCACUGAAAAUGGCAUAAUCUUUGGAAAUAUUGUUUAUGAUAUUUCGGGUGGCUCUGGUGAUCGUAAUUGCGUUGUUCUCAAUGACAUACAUAUUGAUAUUAUGGAUUACAUCCUUCCUGCCUCGUGCACUGACACCGAGUUCAGACAGAUGUGGGCAGAGUUCGAGUGGGAGAACAAGGUAACGGUCAAUACAAACAUCAAGGAUUUACGAGAAUACAUCGAGCACCUUAUCAGCUGCACAAACAUGAAGCUCUUGACACCAGAGAAGGCACUAUCAGGCGACUGUGGUUUUAUGGCAGCGAAUCUCUACGCUCGCAGUAUUUUUGGCGAAGAUGCAUUGGCGAAUGUCAGCAUUGAGGUUCCUGUCGACCAAGGUCCUGACGCGGCGGUGACUGGCCAUAUACGUAUUCGAGCCAAAAGUCAGGGUAUGGCUUUGAGUCUUGGCGACAAGAUUAAUCUUUCUCAGAAGAAACAGUCUGCAAACUAGAAACAAUAUAAGCCAUAUACCCUUAUUUUCAAAUGAAUUAAGUCGAAGUUUAAAUAAAUCAAAAUAGUCAAGUCAAAAUAAAUUUCAAUCUCCGUUGAUCAA